AGCAUUAGCAACACUCAAAAAAAUAAUACGUGGCAUGCACUACUAGAGAACGACACAAGUUCAAGCUUUUUUCUGCAUCCAAAAAGACUGCACUGACACAUCGAACUCAACAUCAUUAUCAUGGCAACGAUCGGCGAGCACAAUAAUCCCUAUCGUGAGGGAACCAAUGAGCAGGUACUACAGCAGCAAGGAGGUCUAUCAAUGGCAAAUAAUCCACCCCGACACACCACCUGUAGCAACUGCACAAACCUGACCCGUGCGUUGGACCAAAAGAUCGAUGAGGUGGCUCUCUUGGAGGGGCGGAUCGGAGCCGGGGGGGUCAACUCGGAAACUACGAAGGUUUUGCGCUUUCGGUGGAAUCCAACGUAUCAGAAAAUUUUGCAUGACCACGUGGAGGAGUUUGUGGAAGCGGGGAAAGCGCGAGAAGAGGUGCUUGCUGCAGCCGCACGACCCGCAGUGGCAGUAGACCUGGUGCACCCGGUCGUAGAGGACGACACAAAAAAUAAGGAUCAUUCUCCAAACCGAACCUCCGCGCCCCCCGGCGAAAGACAAAGAACAAGUGGCUCCGGUCGUCCUGGGAGGCAGGUGGGAAGUGGAGACGCUCCACCCGCACGAGGAGAAGGACUCGGUCGGGAGGACGCCAGCAUCGAUGUCGCGCCCGGUGGUAUAGGAAAUGCUGGUUUCAAGAACUCAUCAUCUUCAUCUUCGGCCUUCUCGGGAGGCGGCAUGUCUACUUGCAAGAAGCGACAACGCACCGAGGAAGAUGCAAACGCAAACCAGCCCCAAGAGACGGAUCAUAUGGGAGGACGCUUUGCUGCUGCUGCUGCCAGUACCAUGCCGGGUGCAGGGAAAGGAAGCCAGAAUGGAGGGACAACGUCCAGCUUGCCCGGAACAGCAGAAUCCGCUCGUCUACGUGAGCUCGAAAACCGCGUCGCGCAACUCGAGGCGGAACGCGAGGCCGACCGACAGCGAACGGAAAAGCUGAAAAAUGCACUCCAAGUGCAGACCGAGCGCUACCGUGUUGGGGUUGAGGAAUUCCUCGGUUGGCGCCUGCGCAUGAGGAGUGACAACGUGUGGCACAUCAGCUCCAGCUUUGCGCCGAACCUGGGUCAGCUGGUGAUCCGGUCGGCCAGUAGCUCUUCAUCCGGUGGAAGCAAAGCCGCGGCGAGCUCGAGUGCCGUAAAUUCUUCGGCAACCGAGGUUCUCAGUGCGUCUAGCCCUGCGUGGCUGGCACUCAUGGAAAACUCCAGCGGUCCAAUGAGUGUGCCCCAUCUUCUGGCACGUGCCUUUGCAACAAAUGCCUCGCAGGAUUUGUGAAUACCCAGGCGCUGAAAUGGAACAUGCCAUGCACCUCAGAGACUUAAGCUUGAAGCUAGACUCGCCCUGGUACUGUUUCUCUCCCUUGUUCUCCGUAGAUGCGCCUGGAACUGG